AUGCCUCCCCAGAUCAAACAUGACUUGAACCGCUCCGGAUGGGAGUCCACGGACUUCCCCUCUGUUUGUGAGAGUUGUCUGCCCGAGAACCCUUAUGUGCAGAUGAUCAAAGAAGACCAUGGCGCAGAAUGCAAGAUCUGCACGCGCCCCUUCACCAUCUUCCGAUGGAAGGCCGAUCGAACCUCCCGCCAAAAGCGAUCGAUUAUCUGCUUGACAUGCGCGCGUCUGAAAAAUUGUUGUCAAUGCUGCAUGCUCGAUCUUUCAUUCGGUCUCCCGAUCGUCGUUCGAGAUGCUGCCCUCAAGAUGGUCGCACCUGGCCCGGAGAGUGGAAUCAACCGGGAAUACUACGCGCAGAACAACGAGAAGGAAAUCGAAGAGGGUCGCGGUGCGAUCGAAGAAUAUGAAAAGACAGAUGACAAAGCACGUGAACUGCUGCGUCGUCUCGCAAACAGUGAACCGUACUACCGCAGACCUCGCCGGACCGAGGGCGCUGCCGAAGGCGAGGAAGGCGCGCAACCCGCGACGGACGAGCCACGAACCACCAGUCGGUACGGAAAUGGACCAGGACCCGUCCGCACUACCCAAAGUCGUGUCGGAAACAACCUACCUGGCCGCGGGGGACGAGGUGGGGGCCGUGGAGGUCGGCCAUUCCCCGGCACUGCUCAGCUGCCACCCUCGCCCGCGGACAUUCUCCCUCCCGCGGACCCCAACGUCCUCUCUCUAUUCGUCACUGGUGUCGAAGAUGACCUUCCUGAACAUACCCUUCGCACAUUCUUCAGCCAGUUUGGUCAGCUCCGCUCGCUGGUCUGCUCCCACCGCUCUCACUGCGCGUUCAUCAACUUUGUCAACCGUGCGGAUGCCGAGAAGGCCGCACACCACUGUCAAGGUAAGGCUAUCAUUCAAGGUUGCCCUCUGCGCGUCCGCUGGGGCAAGCCCAAGUCACUAGAUAGUCUCGACCGUGAAGAGAGAAUCAAGAACGCCCGAGAGGGCCGCCAGGCUGUUGGACCAAUGGGCAAGGGCAAGCAAGCUGACCAUGGCGCAAUCACUUCCGAGGAAAGUGGACAGCCCAAGGCUCAGACACACGUUGUUGCACCGCCCCCCGGAUCUGGUGAGGUGCAGUACGCCAGUAUGAAUGGUGAUUGA